UGUAACGUAAGAAUAAAAGAAUAAGAAUUCUGCCUUGAUAACCUGCUUCGAUCGGCUUGACCCGAUCUUAUGCUAGGGGGAAUCCCUCGUUCCGGAGAUUCCCAGUUAAUCACUGCUGAUUUGCUUUCUGGCUGCUAGUCAUCCAGCGCCGGCUCAGAAUGCUGCACAAUAUAUUGAAUGAUUAGUCUGCUUCCCGAGUUUGGCCCUGAGUGCCGUCUGCGUCCUCGAAUUGUUUCUCUUUGGACUGAUGUACGCCAGUCAGUGGUGAUCCAUGGAACAAAUAUGAUCGAGAACAGAGGAUUGACUAUUCUGUGCGCUCUAUUAUCAGCUGUGUAUACACAAGAAACUGGCAACUACGUGAUUCUUGCGCCGAAAUAUCUACGCGCCAAACAACCUUACCAGUUUUCUGUCUCUACAUACGAUUUCAAUAAAUUUUCUAAACUACGCGUGACUAUCGAAAACGACUACUCUGAAAACGACUAUUCUGAAAGCGGCGAACCUAUCCAAAUUAAUAAAGAUGUAUACCUGAAGAGUAGUCAAAACCAACUGGUUGAAAUUGAUACAACAGUUUUACCGCAAGGAUCUUACUCACUCAAACUGCUAUCCGGAUCGGGAGGUGAAGUGGAUCUUACAAUCCCUCUUACAAUACUGGAUAAGUCAUAUUCCGUACUGAUUCAAACGGAUAAGCCAAUCUAUAAGCCUGGCAAUGUUGUAAAAUUUCGAGUGCUGCUAUUAGACCAAACAACAAAGCCAGUUGAUAAACCGAGAGCAAUAAGUGUAGCGCUGGCAGAUCCCUAUGACAACGAGAUCAAGGUAUGGCCGUAUGCAAUGCUCCAAAAUGGAGUAUUCCAAUCACAAUUGGAAAUUUCGAACGAGCCAAAUUUGGGCAACUGGUCAAUCAAAGCCAAUGUCUAUGGAAAGGAUCAUGUUGUUUCGUUUCUAGUUGAUGACUACAAAUUAGCCAACUAUGAACUCCGGAUAAGUACGCCUAAACCAGCGGCCGUACAAGACAGAGAAUUUGUUGUAGAUGUCGAGGCACGGUACAUCUUCGGUCAACCUGUGAAAGGAAACGCUAUUAUAACAGUCCACGGUCCAAAAUAUCUCACCAAAACUGCACGAAUUGUUGGGAAAAAGAGAUUAUCCUUCAGUAUGACUGAUUUGCUACAUCAAACAUCGCAACCGGACGAGAAUAUUUCAGUAGACGUGACAGUCGUUAUCCACGAUCAAUAUACACGAGAAAAUAUGGAGGCGAGAAAAUCUUUUCAAAUCUUCACCCAGUCGUAUCAAUUGUCUCUUAAAAAGUCUUCCAAAUAUUUCAUUCCUGGACAUCCGUACCGUUGCUAUGUACAGAUCAAAGAUCCAAGCGGAGCACAUUUAAAAGAAAUGAGUACGCAUCAAGUAAUCAUUAAAAUAAGCUAUGCCAAACGGAAUGACUUCCAGAAAACCGAACUGCAUUUGACUCCAGAUUCAGAAGGAACUAUUCCAUUGCCAUUGGAUGUUCCGGAUGAAGUCACGCACAUCGAGCUAGACAUUUCUUAUCGCAACACAACUGAACAGUUCGAACUGCAUGUGAAUCCGUACAGUGUUGCCGGCGUAAUUCAAGCAUCGAUAAUUACCGAACAAGUAAUGAUAAACCGGCCCUUUAUGGUUCAAGUGCAGUCAUCCGUCCCGUUGAAUCAUUUGACGUAUGAAGUUAUAUCUAAAGGAAAAAUCUUGACCGUAAAUCAGCAUAAGCUCAAUAGCACUGACAGUAUUCAGUUCGAAAUUGCGGCCACACCGGAAAUGAUCCCAGAAGCAAAAGUAUUCGUAUACAGCAUUCACAAUGAUCAGAUACUGAAGGACACUGUACCAGUGCUGAUAAGUAGUUUAACAAAUUGGGUUAACGUAACGCUUCUUACCGAUAAGGGACAACCCAAGGUUCAGCCCGGGAAAAAAGUCCAGCUUAACGUUCAAUCUACACCAAACUCUUACAUUGGAUUGCUAGCGGUCGAUAGAGGGGCUUGGCUUCAAGGCGAUGGAAACCAGAUUACGACGCAACGAGUGCUGAAUGAAAUUAAAGCGUUCUCUGAUGGAAUCGAAGGUACUGCUGAUGAUAUAGAGGACAUGGAAUUAAUUACCAAUGCACUGAUUCCUAGAGCACUGAGUGCACGAUUCGGUAUCUACCAGCCAGAUGAUGAGGACGAAUACAUCCCACCUCGAAAGGAUUUUCCUGAAUCAUGGCUGUGGUUUGAUAUGCGUAAAACCGACGACAACGGUAGACUCAACAUCACCGAUACGGUUCCCGACUCCAUAACCAGUUGGGAAAUAACAGCAUUUUCUCUUAGCCCUGAGCAAGGCCUUGGCGUACAGGACAAGCCGGUUUCAUUGACCGUUACAAAGCCUUUCUUCAUCGUAACCAACAUGCCGAACUGGAUCAAAAAGAGUGAGGUCGCCAUAAUUAAAGUGACUAUAUUUAACAGACUGGAUGAAAUCACUUACGUCGGAGUCACACUCAAGAACUCACGUCAAGAAUUUGAAUUUGUAAAUAAUACUGGGCGCAAUGAUGUCAGCUACCAGGCGAAGAAUGUCGUUGUUCCGAAAAACUCUGCCUCCACCGUGCAAUUCAUGAUCAAACCGAAAAAGAUGGGUAACAUUGUGAUCAAAGUCAUUGCCGAGUCUACAGAAGGAUCCGAUUCAAUGGAACAAUUGCUUCGAGUCAUGCCUGAAAGUUUGCUUUACCCGAAGGAGGAGAAACGCUUCAUACAAUUGCAGAAUGAAACUAACACGUACGAAAUAAAGUUAGUAAUGCCAAAACAUAUUGAUAAAAACUCGGAGGACAUUUACUUAUCAGUGCAAGGCAAUCUUCUUGGUGAUGCAGCUGACGGAUUGGAAGAUAUGGUACGGUUGCCUUCCGGAAGCGGCGAGCAAAAUGUUCUCAAAAUGAUUCCAAAUGUGAUACUUUUGGAUUACAUGAACGAAGUAGGAAAGGUGAACGUAUAUUUGAGAGAACGCGCAAAGCAAUUUCUGAAUAAAGGAUACCAAAAUCAGCUGAAGUUUAAACGUAGCGAUGGGUCAUUCAGCAUGUUUGGGCAGCAAGACAAUGUAGGAAGUGUGUUUCUCACUGCUCUCGUGGCAAAGACUUUGCAACAAACGAAUCAAUUCGUAGCAGUUGACAGGAAGGUUAUCGAAAAAGCAUAUGACUGGUUGAAGCAGCAGCAAAAUACGGAUGGAAGUUUCAGCGAACUUGGAGAAGCCCCAGAAUAUGGACUACAGAGGAAACAUAAGGACAAAGUAAUCCUUACAGCCUUUACUCUGGUUGCGUUUCUAGAAUGCAACUGUAAUACUGAGAAAUAUAAAUCCGUAAUUGACAAAGGAACGAAAUAUCUCAAAUCAAAAGUUCAAAACACUGAGUCAAAUUAUGCCCUUUCAUUGACUGCUUAUGCGUUGAUUCUUGCUCAAUACGAAUCGGAAUUUGCGUUUUUAAAGUUGGUGGAAGGGUCCGAAAGCGAUAAUCUGUAUCGAUGGUGGGAUGAUAAUUUAACUUUCACCGAUGCCACUGCUUAUGCAUUGCUCUGUUAUCUGAAGAGAGGAGAUUUCGUGGAUUCUUUGAAAAUCUUGAAAUGGCUAGUCAAUAAGCGGCAUUUGUUUGGACCUGACAAUAUUGAAACCACGUUUGUUGGACUUCAAGCCAUUGCAGAGCACAGCAAGAGAACUUCACCAAAUCGUAACUCUUACGUUGUUUCCGUAUUCAGAGGGGCGGAAAAGUUAACCACGCUCACCGUAGAUUCAAACACAUCCUAUAUAGUACAAAACGCAUCACUUCCAGCUGACGUUCGAGAUGUUACUGUAAAGGUCGAGGGGACGGGAACAGGAAAAUUCUACAUUUAUUACAAAUAUAAGACGAAUAUUUUUAAAGUUAAGCCACGAUUUCACGCGGAAGUUCAAGUGUUGAACACAUCCACCGGUCAAUAUCUUGAUUUGCAAAUAUGUGCAAAAUUCAUGCCUGAGGAAGCAUAUGAGAUAUCGAAGCUAGCACUGAUGGAAAUCACCUUUCCCAGCGGAUAUAUUGCCCUCGAUGAAUCGGUAGAAGAACUUGAAAAAAUCAAAACAAUCAAGAAAGUCACAACAAAGUACGACGAUUCGUCCUUGUGGCUAUAUUUUGAAUCACUUCCGGAAACAAAUCUAUGUGUGCCAGUGACCGGCUUCCGACAGAGUGAUGUGCUCCAACAAAUCCCUGGCAGUGUGAAGGUUUAUGACUUUUAUGACAAUUCUCGACUGGUGAUUAAACAUUUCGAUGGCAAGCAAAUCGAUGAAUGCGAAAUCUGCGGCAACAAAUGCCCACCCGAAUGUGGACAGUGAGGAGCUGAAACUUUUAUGAUAUAGUCAGCAUGUUAAAUGAAUGAGAAAAAAUACCAUAAUUUUUUUAGCUUCCUUGUCCGAAAAAAGCGACCUUUAUAUCUUACUUGUAUUGUGGAGCUCAACUGGCUUGAUGGGUAAAGCACACGUAUUUCACAUCGAGAAACGGAUAUCGACAUAAAACCAUGAAUGAGUAUGGAUCAGUCUCAGGGGGACAUCUGGAACUAACAACACAAAUACACGUAAUGACUGAAGUGCAUAGGCUAGGCCCAAUUUGUUUUGAAAAAUUGACAAAUUGGAAAUAUUGUGAAAAAAAUCCACGUUGUCCUGGUUAGGUUUGAACC